GGGCGUCUACAAUCAAGUUCUCUGUGGCGACAAAUCACAGCCAUCUCCCGGAAAACAAAGUUAGUGAAACGUGACACAAAUCCUCCCGACUGUUACCCUUGCUGAACAAAGGUGGCUGAAACCACAGUGUCCUGUGUGUCUGUUCUGAAACUGGUGAAGCGUGAGACGUCGAGGUUAAAGACCGUGGAUGACUCUAUAAUACAACAGCCAUUUCCUCUGGGCCACCGUCUCCUUUCUUCUCCGACUGCUGUGGGAAUCAGCCACCACCCAUGGUGUCACGCUGGGAUAGUUGACGUAUGACCUCAGGUCACCGUCAUCGUUUCAACAUAAUAUUUAUCAGAAACGUACGCGUGGAUUGACGGUCGGGACUUCACGCGUGUUUGUCUGUGUCUGUGUAUGCAUAGACUCUCGAUAAAGGUUUUGAUUUUGUACAUAUAUCCCGGCCCAGCAUAGACGAAUGGGCUCAUAAAGUGACUACGUACCUUUACGACUCAACGAACAUGGAUCUGUGUUAAUGUGUGCCAUCACGAUGUGAACGAACAAUACGCUAUAACUUUACGGACAUGUUAAUUUAUGAAGGACAAAGUCUGAAGGCCAUGAAUGAAUUUACCUUCAUCUCAAGUAGGCAAUAGGAGGCUUUUAUAAUUGUGAUCCGUCGAAUAAGUUCGUUUCGGUUAUUAGGCGGUUCAUUGUGUCCCUCUGUAUUGCUACAUCAAGUUUCUAUUUCUGUGUGUGCUUCACGACACGUCUCUGAGCUCGCCCUCAGUAACACUCUCUGACUAACCUUGGACAACUCUUUCUUUACCAUCCGUGUAUGGUAUUUUUGAACCGUAGUAUUUGAUGUUUAUGUCACUCUUAUGAGUAUGAAUUGACACAGGUUAGUAUGGGACGCCCCAACAGGUGCGCUGCAGCAACGAUAUCAGGCCGUGCACACUGCACAUCAAGCAAGCUGGUGACGUUUCACAAAGUGGUCGUUUUCACAGAAGUGGAUAUUUGAAAUAGAUUCCAAUAUGUUUAGAAUGAGGGACAAAGACACCGAACAUGUCCUGCAUGCUUUAAUGCCAGGAGCUAGGAUUAACAAAGGCAACAAAAAGAUUACCAUCAACGUUGGAACUUCCAAUGAAACAAUCAUCUUCAAUGUUGGUGGGUCCCAGUUCGAAACAUACAGAUCCACCUUAAACCGUCUUCCUUUCAGUCCUCUAGCGGAUGAGGACUUUCUGAAGAAGCAUUACAGGGAGGAUAGGAAAGAUUACUUCUUCGACCGUGAGCCUGACGUUUUCAAGGCGAUAUUGAACUACCUCCGUACGGGGGAGCUGCACCUCCCUGCCUGGCUGUGUGGAGCUUCCAUUAAGAAUGAGCUGGCGUUUUGGGGCGUGGAGGAGGAUGAGAUUGAGGAGUGUUGCUGGACGAACUACAACUCGUGGACAACGACGUUGGAGGCGCUGAGGAAGUUGGAGAAGAACCGGAAGGGGGCGUUGGGGCACGUUGACGAGAACAACAAGAAUCCCACGACGCCGUGGAAAGGGUUCUGCCAGCGUGGAUGGACUCUCAUGAACAACCCACGAGCUUCUGGAUGGGCUUGGGUUAUCGGCGCUGUUUCGAUGCUGUUUGUGGUCCUCUCCAUAUUUUCAUUCUGCGCAGAAACACACAAAAGUUUCCAGACUUACGUUUUCCCAAACUCCAGCGCCAUCAACAACGCCAGUACCACCGACAACACCUCUUCAGCCGGUGUCGCAAACACUAAGGCCGACGGGGUCAGUAAACCGGAAGUUCAGAUCCAUCCAUCUUUAUUCAUCAUCGAUGUCGUGUGUACAGUAUAUUUCCUGCUCGAGUUCAUUAUAAAACUUGUGUUUUCCCCAAAGAAGGGAAGUUUUUUCAUUCUACCAAUGACAGUAAUCGACAUCGUAGCUCUGAUCCCGGAUAUCGUCGAGAUAUUGUAUCGUCUGUCUACUUCAAACUACUACUCACGUGACACACUCGACGUACUUCCGGUCCUGCGCAUCACAAGGAUCUUCCGUAUUUUCCGCCUCAUGCGUCACAUUCCAGGUUUAUGGAUCCUGUUCUACACCCUCAAGGCGAGUUUAAGAGAGCUGCUUCUCAUGCUGUUGUUCUUGUUCGUAGGGAUGCUUGUGUAUUCUUCCCUCAUCUACUUUGCCGACGACAGGAGCACGUUUACCAGCAUCCCCCACGGGUUCUGGUGGGCGCUUAUCACCAUGACAACGGUCGGAUAUGGCGACAUGUUUCCUGUGACCAAUCUAGGUUACCUCGUGGGAUCAGUGACGGCCGUGUCCGGGUUACUCAUGAUUGGGUUCACUGUACCCAUCCUUGUCAACAAUUUCGUCAUGUAUUAUCACCACACCCAGUCGGCACUGGUGCGAGAACAAAAGAGGAUGAGGAGACAGAAGCAGCUUGAAGCUGAAGCCAAAAGACGGAGACCCAGCUUGUUCAACCUCGCAAUCCGGUCCAAGUUUCAGCCCAAAGAUGAUGGUGUCGGCUCUCGGUUAGCCUCCAUGGCGGAUGAUGCUUCCAGGCGGCUCACAAAGAAGCUGGAGGAAGAUUGUUCAGAAUCUUCUUCACCGGUUUCAACUCCUAGAGAGGAAACAGACCUCCUGAUGAAAAAUUCCAACGGGAACAGCCCACAAAACUGAUUAAGGCGCAAAACAUUUCUUAGGAACCACAAACAAGUGACCUAAACGUCAGGCAUUAAGGAAGGCGAGGCGAUCCUGCCCCCCUUGCCCGUUCACAAACGUCACACGAAGACCCAGUUCGCUUCCAUAUUCCUGGGGCAGUGUGGUUAAAACGUUAGCUCGUCACGCUGGAGACCCGGGUUCGAUUCCCCACAUGGGUACAAUGCGUGAAACCUAUUUCUGGAGUCUGCCGUCGGGGUAUUGCUGGAAUAUUGGCGAAAAGGGCAUAAAACCCAACUCAUUCAUGAAGUCAUUCCUCCGUACUCAUGUAUUGUCAUAUUGCCUGGCGCUCUAGAACAAUAAUUGGCAAUAGCUGCAAGACACUACGAUAAGCAUCACUCGACAGCAUAGUAGUUCAUUCAAGUCUAUUUCAGAAAGAGUGCCUUAAUAUGACCAUUGCUAACAAAAGAGAAGAAGAUCCCAUCCAUAUGGGAUUUCUGACUACAAGCUGUGUUGACAAUAUUUUUCGGACGAUAUCAUGAACAUGUGCUCUAAAUCACUAUGAAAUAGUGCUCAUACAAGCUGUUCGCUGAAAGGUGAGCCUAACCUCCUUUCUGGUCCCACCCAUCACGAAAACAUGCAAAGGCACGUCAGUUGUGUACAAGUAGAAAAUAGAAUUGCACCGGACGUUGUUUUAUUUUUACUGAUGCGUCUGAUUUGGGAAUGUCUCCACAUCAGCCUUGUAUGCUGACAUUUCAUCAGACAAACAAAUCCUGGAAAUUGUUCUGUUCAAAGUGUGUUAGCAAGUUGGUUGACAUUGAUGCUUUCACUAUGACGUCAUUGUAUUGUAGGGUGACGUCGUAAUUGAUGACGUCAUUGUAUUGAGGAGUGACUUUGUAACUGACGACGUCAUUGUAUUGAGGAGUGACGUAAUUGAUGACGUCAUUGUAUUGAGGAGUGACGUAAUUGAUAACGUAAUGCAUUUAGUGGUAACGUCGUAUCUGUCUCUGUUGUACAUGGAGAGAGAGAGAGAGAGAGAGAGAGAGAGAGACAGAGAGAGAGACAGAGAGAGAGCAACUGGUAUUGUAUAUUAAAUAUUUAUUCCCGGAUUGACCACUGGUGUGACAUAUUUGAGAACAUACAGACACUGUCUCCUUAUUAAUUUAGUCAACGUGGAGAAUCAAUGGUCGUGACUAAAGUUCUGUUUUAUAUGAUCGAGACUGGACCAGUGGUAGACAUCAUGAGCACCGAUCUAUGUGACUGGGAUAUUAUGACAUGCAACCAUGAAUCUGCAUGUAAGUUUUCAUGGAAGAUGUUUUAGAUGAAUUGCUACAUUUUCAGAUUUGAUAUGCAAUUACAUGUGUGUCGGUGCAUUCGUGGACCAGAUUAAAUUCUUACACAAACCACACAAAAUCUAUGCAUUUCGUACAGAUGUUUACUUUUGUACGGAUUUUCCAGAAGAAUUUUUUACUGACUUACUGUGUGUACUAAACUGCCAAAUAAACAGCGAUGAUUGAACUUUUGA